AGCAGCGUUCAGUCUCACUCUAUCUGUCUACAUGGGCUGCAGACUCUCUGUGUUUAAUCGUUUUUUUAUUCAUAACUCUACACUAGAGACAACUGCCUGCUGAGCUGUUAUAGAGACGACGAUUCGUCUGGAUUUUAGUAUUAAAGAGUUCUAGUCUAAUCUUUUACCUCACACGGAAAAAUAAUAAUAAUAAUUUAUAUAUAUAUAUAUACAUGUACUGUGUCCUGGAAGCAAACUGAGGGUUUUUUUCCUUUUCGGGCAAAACAGCGCUGAUAGACGCACUUUCUCUCGUAUGUUUAAUUAGAGAUGUUCCUCAGGUAGUGUAUCGGUGAGAUACUUGUUUCCAAGGAUCAGACAGCGACUGAUAGUUGCUGUAAACUGUCUAAAAACGGCAAUUAAACACAGGUGACUGCGGCUCAAAGCUGUCGGAGGACAUGGAAUCCACAAAGGCUGGUGGAGUAAUAGCAUACAUCAGCUCAUCGAGCUCGGCCUCCAGUCCAGAGUCAUGCCACAGUGACUCUUCCAACAGCAGCUAUCAAUCCUGCUCUUCACCUCACUCCUCGUCCUCGCCCAGCUGUCAGCAGGGCCAACAGGGCGAGGCCCUUCCUGUGGCCCCUCAAGCCCACCCCCCCAGGCACGGUGGAGGGAAGGCACGAUCACCCUCCACUGCCAGAAGUGGCAUUACAAAGAUUAACGGUCUGGUGCUCCUGUGUAAAGUGUGUGGAGAUGUGGCGUCAGGAUUUCACUAUGGCGUUCACGCCUGUGAGGGAUGUAAGGGUUUCUUCAGGAGAAGCAUUCAGCAGAACAUUCAGUAUAAGAAGUGCCUUAAGAACGAGAGCUGCCCCAUCAUGCGCAUCAACAGGAACCGAUGCCAGCAGUGCCGUUUUAAGAAGUGUCUGCUUGUGGGCAUGUCCAGAGAUGCUGUGCGUUUCGGUCGCAUUCCCAAACGAGAGAAGCAACGCAUGCUGCUGGAGAUGCAGAACGCCAUGAACAACAUGAUGAACAACAGCCACGGCAACCAGCCCCUGCCUCUUAGCAACCAGAUCGACAGAGCAUCCGAGGACAGCGGCUCGGGCCCCUCGUCAUGCUCCCCCUCCACCUCCCCCAGGAGCAACCGAUCCGAGCCCAGCCCCGCCCCCGAGCCGCUGGUCACUAUGGAUACGAGCCCAAGCUCAGACUCCUCCAGCACCACGGACAGUGGGGAGGAAGAGGUCAUCGGUACAGUAACUAGAGCACACCAGGAGACAUUCAUGUACAAUCAGGAGCAGGGCGGCGCACCUUCGGAGGCCCCUAACAACUUCAACCACUGCACAGAGGAUGCCUGGAACUGGCAGAACAAUGCAUCCUCAGUGACCAAUCACAACCCUCCGUUGAGCUGUGGUCCACUGGGUCCUGAAGAGUCCAGCAGCUGCCCCGUCAGACCACAUAACAGCAGCUCUGGAGGGCCAUCUCUACAGAACUUCAGCCUCAGAGCUCAUAAUGACAAUGAAACACGCGGCAGCUAUGGUGUCCCGCCAUGUGCUCGGGGGAACAGGAUGCACCUGGUUUGUCCCAUGAACACGUCGCCCUACGUGGACCCUCAGAAGUCGGGUCACAGUAUCUGGGAGGAGUUCUCCUUGAGCUUCACCCCAGCAGUCAGGGAGGUGGUGGAGUUUUCCAAGCGCAUCCCAGGAUUCAAAGACCUGUCCCAGCAUGACCAGGUCAGCCUGCUCAAGGCCGGCACCUUUGAGGUGCUGGUGGUGCGCUUUACAUCGCUAUUCGAUGUGAAGGAGCGUGCUGUUACGUUUCUGAGUGGCAGGAAGUACAGCGUGGAGGCGCUGCGCUCUAUGGGGGCUGGAGACCUCCUCAACUCAAUGUUUGACUUCACAGAGAAGCUGCGAGCUCUGAACCUCAGCAAGGAGGAGAUGAGUCUCUUCACAGCCGUAGUACUGGUGUCAGCGGAUCGUUCUGGUCUUGAGAAUGUGAAUUCGGUUGAGGCACUUCAGGAGACUCUGAUCCGAGCUCUGCGCAGCUUGAUCACCAAGAACCAUCCCAACGAGAUCGCCAUCUUCACCAAACUGCUCCUCAAACUGCCUGACCUGCGCUCCCUCAACAACAUGCACUCGGAGCAGCUCCUGGCCUUCAAGGUCCACCCCUGAGCACCCCGUGACACCCCCAAGAACUGUGGACCACGCUCCUCAUCCACCUCCAGAAGCCCCGGGCCUGCUCCAGUGGUCCACUCAGUCUGUUCUCAACUCAUACCCACCACUGAGGUUUCUUCCCAUGACAUUCAAAGGACUGCUGGGUUUAUAUGGAGGGAGAGGGGGGCAGAUACUUCAGAAAUCAUUGUACUGUAAAAUGGUAACGCCUCUGUUUAUGCUAACGCACACAACUCGCAGACACAAACUGGAAAGGUUUCAUUGUAGAUGCUUAAGAGGGUUUGUAUGAUUAUGGCGUUUGUGUGUACAUAGAGGCACCUUGAAUUUGUAUUUCGAUUUAUACAGUCUGUGCAAUAAGUGACACGUUCACUGUUUUUGGAUAGUUUAUUUGUUGGUCGUUUUAAUCAUUUCAGAGAUUGGCUGUGUACACAGGCACAGGAAGUAAUCUAUUGCUUGUAGCUUAAGACAAAACGAGAAACUAAUACACAGAGCACAGUUUAAUGUCCUUUCCAAUGUGAAGAAAAGAAAGUGCAACAACUAUGAAAUGGAAGAAUGUGGAACAAGCUGCUAAUCAGAGCUUUCCCGUGAAGAGGCACACGAAAGUUUAACGGAUAGAUAUAUUUUUAUAGUUCGUCUUUAUUCUUAAAACCUCUAAUCAAGUGAAAAGGAAGCCACUCUCUCCUUAUGCCAGAGACAUACUCUACACAAGUAUGUAAACACUAAACAAGCUUGAUUAUGUGUGUUGUUAUGUUCCGAAAUGUGUCCCAUCGCAACACAAGCACAAGCUGCAUUCUCAGCAUUGCCAGAAGGGGUGCUAUUAGAUUAACUUCUUCAGUCAGUUUGCUCUUUCAUGUCAACUGCUGUCAUUGUGAAGGAACAGUUUGGAGAGAAUCUUAAAAGUUAGUUCAUGUUAGUUAAAGUCGAUAUGUUUACCUGGCACAGAUAUUUCAAAGUUGUGUAUGUUCAACAGGACCUUGUGUUUGCAAUGCACUGGCCAAGCAUUCACAUCCACACUUGCAUAUUUGCAUAAAGUAUGUUUUUAGCCUUAGAUCUGCAAAAUGGUGCAUCUGUGUGUAUGUUUUGAGUCGUAGAGCUUUUAGGAAUGAAACAACAUUUGAUGAUGAUGAUGAUGCAAAACAACAAAAGGAUGUGUAUUAUCACUAUAAGAUGGGACACAAAUCCAUCUGCAGUAAUGUAUGCAUAUUGCUGAGGCCACACCCUUACUGACACCUGAUGAUUGGGUGAUACUUCUCAGACAGGCUGAAUAUUUAUGAUGAGUUUUUUGAUGGAUGUUUGGGAGGACACACUCCCAUUCACAAAAAUGUAAUUCUGUUCAUUUCACUUUUUUUUUUCUGUAAAGUGAAAGUUCUUGUAGAAUUCUUGUUUUUUCUGUGAUAAGCUGUAGUCAGUGAAUGGUGUGUUUUGUGUUGUUGGACCAGACAGGAAGUGAAAACAGGAUAUGACUUGAAACCCCACCGAGCAGCACCAUUACUCAAGCAAUGCCUCUUGAAGAUACUUCUUGGGUGGGUUUGAAUCUCAAAGCCGCUGCAGAUGAUUAGUGAUGUACAGAUGGAUGUAAUGUUGAGUUAUGUUCUCUCUUAGUGUUCAGCCUGCGGUUCACUCAGUGUCAGCGUUGUGUUGCCAUAUUCCAGUCUGUCAGGUUUUUUUUUUUCUGUGAAAGCAUUGUAAAAUAGCUAGAUUUCUCUCUCUAUAUAAUAUAAUAUAAUUAAAUACAUAUAAAAUAAGAAAAUAAACAUAUAAAUGCUGAUCUUUCUCUUGAUGUAUCAUUUGCGGAGAACAUGCAACAGAUGCAAAGACAAAACCAUUUAAGUGAAAUGGACACACAUCAUUGAUUAUUUAUACAAAACAGGCUACAACACUAAGAGAAGUUCACAUAACAUGGAUUCAGUUUGUACUGAUCUGUUAGACAUGUUCAGAAGUAUUUGCCUAUAUUUUGGCACAACCUCCGGCUACCAUUUUCUAAAAUAAUAACAAUAAAAAAAAUUAAAAAAAGUGUUUCUCAAUACGCUCGAGUCAACACUGUCAGAUACAAAGUAAUGUGUUAAUUAUUAAACAUAUGACAAAUCUAGCAUUGGAUUAGUGAUUAGCCAUCUGCCAGAAAAUCUAAUGUGGUGGACAGCUUAUUGUGUUGUUGACAACAUAAGCAUAACGCACAUUCAUCAUUUUGUUUUUCCAGUGUUGCUAGCUACUAAUAGGGCAAAUGGAAUUUCUAUAAAAUGUGGAAAUUGUGCAUUUGUUUGCAUUUCCUCAGUGUGAAUGCACAAUGUCUGCCAAAAUUCAUGUGCAUGAUUCAUUUGAAAUUUGUAAUGGGAAUGUCUCCAUUUGUAAUUUUGUUUCUUCAGUGUUACGCUACUUAAAAUGACUUAAAACUAUUUCUUUACAGUUUGUGUGACUGACAUAUGGUUGAGACAGAAAAGUUAAGCACAAUUAUUUAAAAUGAUAAAAACUAUAAAACUCGGCAUAUGAGAGGAAAGGAUAAGGGCUGACUUGAAAUGACCUAAUUUUAUAAAUGUUUUCAUAAAUAUCUAAUGAUGUUGACAAAAAAAUAUUGCAACCUUAUAACAGUAUCAUUUUAAAUGAACCUCUUCCUUCUGUCAGGACAUCGAAAUCUUAAAGCUGAAGUGUGUUUCUUAUUCUUUGUUAAAAUACUUUCUCUUAUCUAAGCUUAAUAUGCACUUAUAGACAGCUGUAAGUAAGUAUUUGUUGUUCAUGUUCUUGAAAAGUGUAAGCACCGUGUCUCUGUGGUGCUAUAAAAAUUCCUCUGUUUUGAGGACCGUCAAGCACGACAUGACAACAUUGAUUCAACCAAUGGCGUGAUUUGUGGGAGGGACUAUCUGUUUGUUCGAUCAACAGCAGUUGGGAGGGCGUUUUCGACAAAGAUGUUUUAAAAUUAUUUUUAUUUUUGCAAUUCCGUUCAGUGGAGCUAGUGGUGCAGAAACGACACACUUCAGCUUUAAGUUUAAUGUUUUAAUCUGGACGAAGAACUGAGUUAUGGUCUGAGAACAGAUGGUUUUAGGGGUAAUGAGUGAUGUAAUGUCAAUUUUGAUUCAAUAAAUAGUAAAUAAAAUGCUACAUUUGUGUUAAGAA